AUGCAGACCUCUACCGCCGCACCAGCUUUCACAGCUGAUAUCCCGACACUCCUCUCAAUCGUUACCGCUCUCUCGAUAAUGCCCGUUGCCUACAUCCUCAGCACCACCUUCAUCCCAUCCGGACAGCUGCGCAACCGCAUUCUCUUCUUCUGGCAUGCCUACGAUGCAGGCACCCACCUCCUCAUCGAGGGAGCCUUCCUCUACCACUGCUUCUUCAGCUACAAGCAGCUUGCACCGGGUGAAACGAUACCAGGAGUGUAUGGACCACCGUACUUCCUCAACCGUCCUGAUCGAGCGUACGGGCCUGCCUACGGUGUGGGAGCCACUGCGAGAAUGUGGCAGGAAUAUGGCAAAGCCGACGCCCGAUGGCUAGGUGCCGACCUGUGUGUGGUCUGUCUUGAGAUAUUGACGGUGUUUAUCGGCGGUCCGUUGGCGGUAUAUAUCUGCUACUUGCUGACUAGAGCUUCGUCGACGAGCACUUCGGCCGCCUCCAGGGCGGGGUAUUCUGGCUGUUUGUGGUUUUCAUCCAUCGUUCUGGCCGUGGGGGAGCUGUAUGGAGGAUUCAUGACUUUUGGGCCCGAGUGGUUUUCCGGGAGCGUUGGUUUGGAGACGAGUGACCCUGUAUAUUAUUGGCUGUAUCUGGUGUUCUUCAAUGUUCUUUGGGUCAUUGUGCCGCUCUGGGUGCUUUCUGUUGCCUUUGGGGAGAUCAAGGUGGCUUUUACGACUGCUUCUGCUGCCGGCAAGCGCAGCACCAAGAAGUUCAAUUGA